CUUUUAAAUCCGCACCACCCAUUAUUCCUGGUAGAGUGGUACACUUUAAGGCUAGUUCUCUUGUCCUUCUCCAUUGAUAGUGUCCUGGUCUCUUCCAAGUUCCAACCUGGGUCGAGAAAUCCGAAGCCAUGGAUGUGAGGGCCUCCACUUCGCCGUUCAGCCCAAAUAUCGCUGACACCCUCGGUGAUGUUAACAUUUUCACCGCUGCUGGUGACCCCGUCUUCUUCAAGGACCUCUGGGAUCAGAACCAGGGAAUAGCUGUUGUUGCACUUUUGAGGCACUUUGGAUGCCCUUGCAGUUGGGAACUUGCUUCUGCUCUGAAAGAAGCGAAGCCAAAAUUCGACGCAGCUGGUGUCAAAUUGGUGGCAAUUGGCGUUGGCACUCCUGACAAAGCUCGGAUUCUUGCAGACCGGCUGAUUCUUCUCCCUGAUGUUCAGUUACCAUUUCCAAUGGAUUGCCUCUAUGCCGAUCCUGAGCGCAAGGCUUAUGACAUUUUGGGCUUAUACUAUGGUUUUGGCCGUACAUUUUUCACUCCGGCUAUUGCCAAGGUGUUCUCAAGAUUUGGGGCUCUGCAGAAGGCAGUAAAGAACUACACCAUUAAAGCCAUCGCAGAUGAUAAAAGUAGUGUACUGCAACAGGGAGGGAUGUUUGUCUUUAAAGGGAAGCAGUUGCUGUAUGCACGGAAAGAUGAAGGAACAGGUGAUCAUGCCCCUUUAGAUGAUAUUUUUGAUGUCUGCUGCAAAGUUCCAGUUGCAUAAGGCAGUGCAAGCUUUUGCUUCAUAUUUGAUCUGGUGAAGCGUAUUUUGAAAUGCUGUUGAUAAGUUUUUAGUGGGUGACACUUGCAUAAUCAAAUAAUUUCUGCCUAGUAGAAUCAUGGCAGCGAACAUAUAGUAUCACCUCUAUAUAGGUCUGUAUAGCUGGUCAAAUGCAUAUACUCUGUUGUGAUUAUAUGUAUCUUAUUUUUAUCUAGGUUGCUGACCAACUGAACAAAUAAAACUGUAAUUUAAGGGAAUAAACGAAUUGCAUUAAAUAGUGACCUUGUACUAUUUAGUGUUGGUUGUUGCAUCUUCAAGAA